CGAAAUAUAUCCAUCCCAAAUUCCGGGGAAAGGAUAGCUGCUCUUUUUUCCCUCCUCCUCCUUUUCCUUCCGUCAAGAAGAUGAGAACUGGAUAGUGGAUACUGCAAAACUCCUUUGAAUCAAUCAGCUGCAGCGCGAAUUGCUACUGUCACUCUGCUCCAGUGCGUUCUCUCUCUCUGCAACUCGUCUCCUUCCGCUUCAAUCAAUGGCGGUUCCUCUCUUCAAUCUCGCUCCAAACUUAACAGUUUCAAGGCUCUGUUUAGGAACCAUGACGUUUGGCGAGCAGAACACGAUGCAUCAAUCCCUUCGCCUCCUCGAUGAAGCUUUUCAUGCCGGAAUCAACUUCUUCGAUUCCGCUGAAAUGUAUCCGGUGCCCCAACGGGCCGAUACUCAGGGGAGGAGUGAGGAGUACUUGGGCUUUUGGAUUAAAGAAAGGAAGAUCCCUCGCGAUCGAAUUAUCGUUGCAACCAAGGUUGCUGGGCCUUCUGGGCAGAUGACUUGGAUUCGAGAUGGACCAAAGUGCUUGGAUGCUAAGAAUAUUACUGAAGCCAUUGAUAGUAGCUUAUGCCGAAUGAAACUCGACUACAUUGAUCUCUAUCAAAUUCAUUGGCCUGAUCGGUAUGUUCCAAUGUUUGGAGAAACCGAGUAUGACCCUACUCGUCGAUUCAGUUCAAUAAGGAUAGAGGAACAACUUGAUGCCCUUGGCAGGGCUGUUGCUGCUGGCAAGAUUAGAUACAUUGGACUCAGUAAUGAAACACCAUACGGUGUCAUGAAGUUUCUUGAGGUUGCUAAGAGUAAUAUUCUGUAUCCAGAGAUAAUAUCAGUGCAGAACUCAUACAACUUGCUUUGCCGAAGUUUUGAUUCUGGACUAGCUGAAUGCUGUCACCAUGAGGGAAUAAGCUUACUAGCAUACAGUCCCCUUGCAAUGGGUAUACUUUCUGGGAAGUACUUUGCAUCUGAUGGAGCACCCCCAGAUGCUCGCUUCAAUAUGUUCAAAGGAAGGUAUUCAGAAGGGGAAUCAAGAUACAACCUCCAUAGUCAAGACAUAACAACAGCUGCUAGGGAAUACAUAAACAUUGCAGAUAAAUUUGGGCUACACCCGGUAACUCUUGCAAUCGCAUUUGUUUUAAGACACCCUCUUGUUGCAAGUGCUGUGUUUGGAGCUACCAAGUCGUGGCAGUUGCAGGAGGUACUGAAGGCAUGUUCCGUUCACCUUCCACCAGAAGUAAUUGCUGAAAUCGACGAGGUCCAUUCCAGGUUCCCAAAUCCUUGCCCUUGACAAAUUGACAGGUCGUUCUGUUGUGAGCCGGCGAGUGGUAGCUUUUGUUACGCGCAGUGCGGAGCUAUGUUAAAGCGAGAGCGAGUGGCUUUUCUCCAAAGGUAAGAUAGUCUAACGGUAAAAUUGUCGCGACAAUGAAGGCUUGGGCGUUACAGAUCCCAAGCGAGGCCCGUUGGUGUUCCCGGAGGAUUGCAGGUAGCCCUCAGGUUUAGUAGGACCCGUUGUCACAAGUAAUAAAUAAUAAUAAAUAAAAAAGAAUGGAGGAGAUGAGCGAGAAGCAGGACUGAGUAGAUUGAUUCAUUGUUUUCUAAAAUAAGGAUUACGCUUUUGU